CUCGGCCAGCUGGCAGCGUGCGCACGACCGAGACCAUGCACAAUAGAUCAACCCUUGUUCCGCAUGUGCUUCUCGCAUGCACCUUGUUUAGAGCUCCUGCUCACUCAGUCAUCCCAGCCAGACAAUGAGCUUUGUUACCAAUCCGGCGAGCAGUCCUUUCCGCGGUGGAAAGGCCGCACAUGCUGUUCGAAUGCCAGCCUCUUUCGAAAAGUGCUACUAAGACUUCGCAGGCACGAGCUUUCUCUCCUUCUCAUUUGAAUCUCCAACACAGCCGAGAAGGUCACCGCUUCACUGGCCCAGCAAAGACCCUGUGAGCAGAAGACUGCGCAUUCUCUCGAGAGAACAUUCGACUGUCAAGAUUACUCCAGACGGAAUGAUUAUGGCACCCAAGAUCCCAGAAGCAGCGGCCUUUGCGCGAGCAUACGUCGGUUACAGUGACAGAACACCCUACACGCCAACUCCAAUCUGCCACGCAGCUCAUGAGCCGAUGGAUUUGCCGAUAUCCGAGGCUGGACAGCAGCAAAGGCCGAACGUUCGAGAUCUUUGGACAUCCGCACCUGAGGAUAAGGUGAAACAAGCGAGGGGCAGGGCGCAACCGCAGAUCACGGAUAAGGCCAUUGAGCGUCGCCGUGCGCAAAACCGGCGUUCCCAGCAAAAAUUCAGGAAUCGCAAGCAAGCUGAAGAGGAGAAGCUCAAGGACGACCACAAAAGGAUAAGAGACGCGGUCCGCAAUUUUGUUAACCGUGCCAAUCAGUACAGCGAUAGUCUUCGUCAAAUACCCGAGCUCAAUGGGUCUCUACAGUCCCUCCGAGCUCUUGUGGAGACUCGCGAAUCGGAGGAGUCGGCGUCCGAAAACGUUCACGAGCGGAGCAACCUGGACGACACGGAGCCGAUCAGGUCUGAGGAAAGCAAAGACGUUGCUUCGCCUCGCUCGAAGUCAAACGGCCAAUAUCUGCAACUAGACCCAAGGCUGACGCUGCUGUCCCCUCGAGAAUCUCGGCAGCCGGUGGGCCAGCAUCUGAUGUCUGGCCCCAUUCAAUACCGCAAUCAAUUCGACGGAGAUACUGCUACUGCUCAAGAGAGUCUCCCAAGACCCAUCAGCCCACAGGGGGGCCUGUUGUUGAGACAGGUGGCACGCGAAGCUGAACACCACCUCAACGACAGGACGUUGGUGGUUUCGUUCGACCACAUGACCAGUCCAUUCCAUGGAGACACCAACACUACUCUAGAGAGUCUCUUAGGACCCAUCAGCCCUCAUGGGGACCCGUGGCUAACAAGACAGCCGGCACGCGCAGCUGAACACCACCUCAACGACAGGACGCCGGUGGCUUCAUUCGACCACAUGGCCAAGCCACACAACCCAAGUCAUGCGUAGAUUGCAAAACCGAGAAUUCCCCGAAGUGGUAUCGUAGUCACAGCGCACCCAUACGUAACAACUGCCAACAAAGGCGCGACAGGUCGAAGCUCAAGGAGAAGCUCGCCAAGCUGAAGAUUUUGGAGGCUCAGGAACAGGUGCAGUCGAGUCAAAUCACGAACCCGACCACGUCUUUCCAACGACCAUAUGAGUGGGGAACGGCGGUCGUGCAUGACAGUGGUCGCACGACGACCUUUGGAGGGUGGUGAGCAGUGCAGAGAGAGCGUGGAAGCUCAGAUGGUGAUGCGCGGGUCUACAUAGCAAGCAGUAAUAUACGUUUUGAAUCAGUGUAUAGAAGCAAAAGGCAGGCCG